GGUCUCCGCAAAAAAAUCAAACACGCCCGAGCUGAGUCCGUGAGCGAGUUGAGUCGAGUCGAGUCGUUAACGCCGAGCGGAUCGGAAAAAUUUUUUGCCACAAGCCCAGGCAUAGAUACAUUUUCCACCCAAUCUUUUUGUGUUAAUGACAAAGAACUAAGAUAAGACUUAAGCUAGAAAGUAUGCCCCAUAGUUCCCCGGAAAGCGUAGAAGCCGCAUUAACAUUUUAGUCAAAAACAAUGCCAAAAGUUAAGGCGAAACCAAUAAAAUGAGCCAAGUCGCCUGCAACAUCACCAACUUCGGCAGAAUCGGCAACAACAACAGCGACCAGGUUGCAGGCCCACGGGAAACAAUAAUAACAACAGAAACCGAAACAAUAAACCAAACAACAUCGAAUGCUGGACGAAAAUCAACAAAAAUCGACACAGAAUUAUUGAACGAGCGAUGAGAUGGAGCGUCCGAUUGGAUGACGAACUCAGAAACCGACAGAACCCAACAAAAAAAAAAAAAAGAACAGAACCAUACCAGGGGGGGUAUCUGCAACAGAAACCGAAACUGUAACUGAAAACCACAGCGGAACUGGGAACUCGGAAUAGGAAAUCUGAAUCUGAAUCUGAAUCUGAAUCUGAAGAGGACCCCUGGACCCGCAAACCGAAAAGUAACAAGAGAAAAGCAGUAGAGGCAGCCAUGAACAGUGCGGAUAUUUUGUAAUUAUUAAUGAGUGAGCGGGGUGAAGAGCGUAGAAAGCGGUGAACAGAGCGAUUCGUAGCGGGAUAUCACCAUGUACACUCUGCUGGAGCUCGACUAGCACACACUGACUCAGAAGCCCACACAAGCCCGCACUCACCCCGAAACCAAGAACCAACAACAACAACACCAGGAUUCCCCACAGGACAUAAGUAGAAAGGAGAAGCAGAAGCAGCAUCCCAGGCAGGAAGAACGAGGAAAGCAGCAAACGAAAGGCUCAAUUUCAAGGAAUUUGCAAAAGCGCUCACACUCCCAUUUCCCAAACACCAACACCAACAAAAACACAAACACACACACACUAACUAAAUAAAACACACACACAAGCACACUAACACUGACACACUAACACUGGCACACGAGCGGGCAUCUCGUCAGGAUAGAAGUAAUUAAAAGUAAAUAAAGGAGGCAAGGGAAGCGAAAGAAAAAAAAAAGGAAAGAUUCGCUGGAAAGACAGGAAGUAACCUGAUUACGAGAAAAGCAGAGUGAAGCAAUUAAUGCGGCAAGGAGCAGGAGCUAAAAAAGGAUACAGAAGAGAAGAGAACGGGAGAGCACCAGGAUCGACUGUCGGCGAUCUGGAGAUAUUUGGAGACUGUCGAAGGAACCACUCACACUCACACACCACUCUGAGCACCACCACUCACACACACACAUGCACUGAAGUACUGACUGAAUGCCUCGCUGCCUAAAAAAAAAACAACCAACUAACUCACUGACUGAGAGACUUCAAAAAAGCGCCGGAGACGGAGACGGAAGGAAGGAAGGAUAAGGAGCCUGUGCCCUGAGACAAGUAGCGGAGCAACAACUAAAGGAGUAACCUUGACUAAUAACAAAAAACAACAACAACCAACAAACAAACAACUACAACUUUACUUUAUACGCAACUAAAAGAAACAAAACCAAAAAAAAAAAACAUCAAUUUUUAAUGCAAAACUACAAAGAGCCACGGCAUCAAUUUUAAAUAAGAAAACUUUUGCACGCUCCCCAAUAAAAAACAGAAGAAAAAAAAAACCAAAAAAAAAAAAGUCCCGAAAUUUCAAACUUCCAUCACAGCACCACCAUGAGUGAUUCAAGAACCGAGAAAUUGGCCAGGAUGGCUAACCUGCCCCGCACCCCGCUGCUGACCAUCUGGCUGGCGAUUAACAUGGCCCUGAUCGCCCAGGAAACGGGCCACAAAAACAGGAUCCACACAGUACAAGCGGCAACCGGCGGUGGGAGCAUGCUGGGGGACGUAAACAUAUCCGCUAUCCUCGACUCCUUUAGUGUUAGUUACGACAAAAGAGUAAGACCCAAUUAUGGUGGACCUCCUGUCGAAGUCGGAGUCACCAUGUAUGUGCUAUCGAUCAGCUCGCUCUCAGAAGUGAAAAUGGACUUCACAUUGGAUUUUUACUUUCGUCAAUUUUGGACCGAUCCUCGUUUAGCGUAUAGAAAACGACCUGGUGUAGAAACACUGUCGGUUGGAUCAGAGUUCAUUAAGAAUAUUUGGGUACCUGACACCUUUUUUGUAAAUGAAAAACAAUCAUAUUUUCACAUUGCAACAACCAGUAAUGAAUUCAUACGUGUGCAUCAUUCUGGAUCGAUAACAAGAAGUAUUAGAUUGACAAUUACCGCAUCGUGUCCGAUGAAUCUACAAUAUUUCCCAAUGGAUCGCCAGCUGUGCCACAUUGAAAUCGAAAGCUUCGGCUACACGAUGCGUGACAUACGCUAUAAAUGGAACGAAGGCCCCAACUCGGUCGGUGUCUCGAGUGAGGUUUCGCUGCCCCAAUUUAAGGUCUUGGGUCAUCGUCAAAGAGCUAUGGAAAUCAGUCUUACCACAGGCAACUAUUCGCGAUUAGCCUGCGAAAUUCAGUUCGUGCGUUCGAUGGGCUACUACCUUAUACAAAUCUAUAUACCCUCUGGACUGAUCGUUAUUAUAUCAUGGGUAUCAUUUUGGCUCAAUCGCAAUGCAACGCCGGCGCGUGUGGCGCUCGGUGUGACAACCGUGUUGACAAUGACCACUUUGAUGUCGUCAACAAACGCAGCGCUGCCAAAGAUUUCGUACGUCAAGUCGAUUGACGUCUAUCUGGGAACAUGCUUCGUUAUGGUCUUUGCCAGUCUACUGGGUAAACAAACUAAAAACUACCAAAAAAAAAACUACUACCCCGAACAACCAAUUCCAAAAAAAGCAACCGCCCCAAAAAAAACAAACACCAUUAAACAGUAGCAAUACGAUUUUACCCCCAUAUCUAUACACACCAAUACAGCCAAAAAAAAAAAAAUAAAUCACAACACACACUAUAACAGGAUCACACAGGGAUCUGCUCUGUGAACUCCGAAUUUAUUAUUUCGUGUUUUGUUUCCGUUUCCGUAUGAUUUGAAUAAUCCUGGCGCAGACAAGCCGACAAAGUCGCGUGCCAGCCUUGAGUUUCCUUUACGAUUUACAAACACUUUAUGCCAGCUUUCCGUGCCACGCUUAGCGUUGUGCAAUCUAGAAUAAACAACAGUUGCAGAUACAUCCAGAAACACACAAACACACCAGAUAUUUCCCACCAAAACGAUCUGCGUCUUGAGAAAUUCAAAUUAAAUUAAAUGCAAUUUAUUGGUCGAAAAAAAAAAAACAGGAAAAAAGCGCAGUGAAGUUUUGUUCUUCCACACAGUAAACAGUAGUUUGAUUUUUUAUCUAAACUUGAACUAUUUCACUUUUCUUAUGGAGCCAACAGACUGCAAACUGGUCCAUCCAUAAGGACGCUGAAAUGCACUGCACUUGAGGCACAGCCGCCCGACUCAAGCCAAAGAUACUUUCGCAUUCGUAAGAUACGCAUCUCUCAAGAGAUACAUUUCCAAAUUUCUUGUAUCUUGUGCUUCGGUGCUGGUCCUGUCCAAAAUGCUAACUUUCUUUUAACUUUCUCUCUAACUAUCUUACAACUAAAACUCAAUUCUCAAGCAAAACAACUUACACCCACAACUACAACAACAACUCCAACAAACAGCAACAACAACAGCAAGAUAAAAAAAAAUAUCUAAAACUCAAAAAAAAAAAAUGAGAAAAGAAACUCAAUAGAAAGAAAUCUCUUUUUUCGUAUUUGUAUGUUCUUGUUAAUUUUUCAAUACAAAGAAAAACUAUCAUCCAAAGAAAAUGUAUGCAAAUUCAUAGAUACGCGCCUGAGACUAUACUACAAAAAAAAGUAUGCCGUAAAGGCACGAAAAUUUCCCACAAAAACACCCACGUUCCACCCACCGUCUAUCACCUGUCCCCCUCCUGUUUUUCACAUCGCACCUAGAAUCGAAGCAUGCUUCAGCCAAAAAAGACAAUGCAAAGCAAAAACCAAUAUCCAAUUCACCAGUCACAUUAGCCUCUCCAUAUAUACAAUCCGUAUAUAUGCCAGUACUAUAUACUUACUUAUAUAGAAGCCGACUCUCAGGUUGAGUUUGUGUUCAAGCACCCAGACGAGCAAAUCUCACACACUUGAGCGAACACACUUCAACCUGAAAUGGUACCCAGAUAUCAAUAUACGCCCAGCUUCCGCCAAAUGCAAACUGCAAACUGCAAACUGCAAACAGCAAAAUGCAAAUCGCUAACCAACAACUUCAAAAAAAAAAAAGAAAUCUGUACAAACAAAAACUACGCACAAACAAAAGAGAAAAAAAAAAUAACAAAAUAAAAUAAAAGAAUUUAGAGCCCAGGGUACGAGUAGAUCGAUUAAAUCAAUUAAAACCUAAAACCAAAGCUAACAAUCGUUGAAAGGGAGCGCAAAAAUAAAAAUAAAUACGAAACCAGCAUGCCCUGCGCCACACCUGGCUUGACUCGCGAUUGAAUUGAAUCAAAAAAACAAUACAAAAAUAGAGAACAGACACAAUACACUGUAAAUAUGGUUCAACAAGUCGUCGAUCAACAGCCAGAAGACGCAGCCACCCGAAGACUCUUCAGACAACAGAGCCCCGCAAAAAGAAAUCAUAAAUAAAUUCAAUCCAAAAACUGCGCCCAGUAAAGUCAAAGUCGAAAAGUAUCUGAGAGAUACGAGUAUCGGCGAUUUGGAGCCCUCAAGUUUGGGUCACUUUAACGCGUGUCCCAGACAUGAUGGCUGCCAAAUUGCAAAAUUAUUAAUAAGAAAAUAUAUAUAAAAUCGCACCAGAUAGUAGAUAAUCCCAAGUUAGGUAAGAUAUGAUUCGUAGCCUGCUUUCUGUUUUGUUUUAUUGCCUUUUGCAGCAAAAUGGUUGCGGAAAUGCGAUGGGGUAAGUACUCGUUACUAGUUAAUCGUUACUCGUUACUUCCUGUCCGCCAUUUUCUAUCCAUCAUAUUCAUCGGCGAGUAAUCGAAUCUGUUGGACUUUUUUUGAAUAAAAUCCUCCCAAAUAGCCUAAAAAACUCAAAGAAACCCCCCAUCCAAAACACUCAAAUCAAAAUCUGAAAUCUGAAUCUGUAACAUUCCAAAGGAUAACAAGAACAUCUGAAGAAGCUGAAGAAGCAUUACGAGGAGCAUAACAAAUACGAACAAAUGCUGGAAAUUUUCGUGUCCUUUAUAACGGGCGACUCUGUUCAAUGAAUUUGCAUUUAAGGCACGCACAUGAACAUUUUCCUUGAAUGAUGGUCUCAACUGCAGAAAUAAAUGUGUACAUAAAUCGUUUGGCUUACAAAUGACUUUUUCCACUCAUUUCACAAAAACAAAACCAACUACGGCAGAAAACCGUAAACACGAACACUCACUGACACACUCACUCGCAUACAGACACACUUCAAUUGCUCUGUCUCUCCUUCUCUGUCUCUCUAGAAUAUUGCUAACUCUCUCUCACACACACCCACAACACCCAAAACACCCACUCACACACACACACACAACCAGACACAAGACUUGUGCUUUAUUCGAAUUUUCCUUUGCCUGGCUAAAAUGGAAAUACGAAAAUAAAUUCACUUUAAUUUUUGAUUUCACUUGCCCCAAAACCAAACACUGAACAACCAAUCUACAAUAUUCGUUCCAAACGACUCUGAAUGUUACAUAGCUUGAGUCCUGCCCCUCCGAAACAUCCUCCCGCCCAUCCUUAACCCACUUACCCCCCAAAAACAUCCUUCCAAACAUUUUACCUCUUUAGACGUUGUGCGCAAAAUGAACAGAAAUUGAUUGCUAAAUUCUUCAUGAAAAUUAAAUUUCUUUUGUUUUUCUAUUUGUCUUUCUUUGUAUCCGACUGAAAAAAAAAAAAUGCCAAAAAAAAUAAAUCGAAACCCACCCUACCAAAAAAAAACAAUGUAAACUACAACAACUGCAACAAUCCAACUAUAUCUGACAACUACAACCAACCAACUACAAAAAAUAUAUCAUCCGUACUUCAUGUGGAACUCGAACUCGAACUCGACUCUAAAUUCUUGAACUGCAUCUGCAUCUGCAUCUGAACCUACCGACUAAAUCCCCACCCACCACCAAACCGUAUGCCAAACCGUCCAUCAACAAUGUAUCUAAAUCUAUCGAAAUUAAUCGAAAUUUAUCGCAAUCUAUCAACCAAAUUCCAAACGCCACCUACGCCCAUCAACAAUCGAUUAAAAUUUGAAAUUAUUUUGAAAAAAAAAUA